GCAUCAUUAUCAUUACCACCCCUUCUUGGCGUAUAUAUAAAGAAGUCUGGGGCAGUUGCUUCACACAGACGAAUCUCGACAAACACAACGACAUCAUGAAGACCGCCAUCAUUUUCGCCCUGUUGGCUUUGGCCUCAGCCGCCCCUGCCCCUGAGAAAUUAGCAGCAGAAGCAGAAGUAGGAGGGGCUGCCCCACUACCCAUCGCCAUCGUAAGACAGGUCCAGGUCAACCCAGAUGCCCUCGGUGCCCACAGCUCCGACUUCGAAGCCGAGAACGGCAUCGUCUUCCAGUUUUCCGGAUCCGAGGGAGCCCUCGGCGGAGCCAACAUGAUCGGAUCCUGGAGCUACCCACAAGCCGACGGAACCUUAGCUGAGGUCACCUUCGUGGCCGACGAGAACGGAUUCCAGCCCCAGUCCUCGUUGUUGCCAGUGGCUCCCGCCUUCCCCCACCCCAUCCCCCAGUUCGUCCUCGACCAGAUCGAGUUCGCCCGUCUCGAGGACGAGAGGAGGGUCAAAGAAGAGGCCACUCAGGCUUAGAGAAACUGAGAAGAUGUAGUAGAAGAAGAAUGAAUGUCUUUUGUAAAAUGUUUUGACUUUCGAGAUCCGCUGGACGACUCUUAGUUGCGUGAUGCUGUUUUGAAUAAAUUAUACGAAAAGA